AUGGUAGAUAUGGGCUUUGAACCGAAUGUUAUCAGUUGCAAUAUACUAAUUGAUGGGUACUGCAAGAAUCGUAAGUUGGAUGAAGCUUUGCUGUUAUUCGAAAAAAUGAAUCAAAAUGGACUGAAACCCACAGUAGUUACUUAUAGUAUACUAUUAAGGGGACUAUACCGGGAUGGAAGAAUGAAGACUGCUCAGAGGUUUCUGAAUGAGAUGCAAAAUUCUGGUCCAUCUCCAGAUGAAGUUUUAUACAGUACGAUUUUGGAUGGUCUGUGCAAGAAUGGAAAAAUUGUGGAGGCAAUGGAAUUGCUCGAAUCCGUGGAAGGUACUGGUGUCUUACCUAAUGUUGAAAUGUACACUAUCCUUCUUCAUGGUUUGUACCGUGGUGGGCGAUUGGAAGAUGCGAUAAAGCUGUUUAAUGAGAUUCCAGAAAAAGGACUGGUUCCUAAUGUAGUAACAUAUACCACAAGGAUCGCUGGGCUCUUUCAUCACAGGAUGUCCUUGGAGGCUAACAAAUUAAUUAUCCAAAUGGAAGAGAAUGGUUGUUUACCAAACUCUAGAACAUAUGACACCGUCAUCAAAGGUUUUCUUGAAGGGAAGGAGAUUGAAAAGGCAUUACUGUUUCUUCGCAGGAUGCGUGAAAGAAAAUUUGUACCAAGUGAUUCUGUUGUAUCCUUGCUAGUAAACACACUCUCAACAGAUGAACUGAAAAAUCUUGAGUUAUUUUUGUCAGACCUUGUAAUUGUUGAAGGUAACACUGAAAAUCUGAAAAACUUGAGGGGCAUUUGUGCGGCUUGA